AUGUAUAAAAUCAAGAAAAACUUGGAGGAAAAAGAACUAGCCAUGAAAACUCUGUUCGGUGUGGAAGUAAUACACCCAUACAUUACAACUUCAUCUUCUCUCGAAUGGCAACCUAAAACUUCAAUACCCAACAAAAUCCCAUCACAAAUCCCCACAAAAACAUGGAGGAUUUAUGCAAAAGCAAAAGGGUUCAAUGGGGAAACUAUACAAAAACAGAAACUUAUGAUGAAAGAAGAAAAUAAGAAGAAGAAAGAAGAAGCAGAUGAUAAAAUAGAAGAUGUGGUGAUGGGAAGAAUUAUAACUAGGAUUUUGUUCAAUGUUGGGGUGCCAUUGGUGACUGGGUUAGGUUUGCUUCAACUGUUUAGUGUGAUAAAAGAACAAAAUUUAUGGCAAAUCCCACGUUGGUUACCGUUUUUGACGACUUUUAUUACAUUUGGAGCUUCGACACUUGGGAUUGCGUAUGGGACUUUGUCGACUAGUUGGGAUUCUGAAAAGAAAGGUUCAAUUCUUGGGUUUGAAGAAGCUAAGGAGAAUUGGGUUCGGAUGUGGGAAGAAGAUGAUGGUGACAACGUUUGA